AUGGAAGUUUUAUAACAUAUUCUAAAAACAUAAGGAACUAGUGUUACAAUAAUAGAUCUAGAAUUUAAGUAAAAUUUAAAAAUAUCAAAAUAGAUCAAUUGAAAAUUUAGAAGAAUUAUUACCAUAAUUAGCUAACUUUAGCAAUUUAAAAGAAGUAAAAUGUUAAUGAAUUAGCUAGCUUAAUUUACAUGGAAAUCGUUUAGCUUACUUACCUGAUGAUUUAAGUUUAUUAGACACAGUAGAAAUACUUGAUAUCUCUAAUAAUAUUUUCUCUGAUGUAAAUUCUACAAAUAUGCUUAUAUUUUAGUUAAGUCAAGUUGUGGAUGCCUUAUCAACAAUGCCUAAUUUGAUUCACCUUGAAAUUACCUUAUAAUCAAAAGAAGAAGAGCAAUACAUUUUAGAAUGUCUUUCUAAUCUUUAAAUUUUGAAUUCUCAAAAAGUGAAUGGUGAUUAAGAAGAACCUGAUGAAACCUUAGAAUAGCAUAGUGAGCAAUAAUCUGAAAGGUCUAUUAGUGCUGUUUAAGAUAUUACACUUUAACAAUAUGAUCUAGAAUAAAUGGCUGUAUUUAUGUUGAAAAUUAAUAGAUAUUAUAUGAUAGCAUAAGAGAAUACAAAUAGGAAGAGCAAGAAGAUAAAUAAUUUGAUCAAUAAAUUAGAACAAUUAUGCUUGAUUUAUAAUCAAAGCUUAAAUAAAAUAAUCCUGAUCAUCUUACUAAUCUUUUUAUUUUAACAGUAAUUUUUCUUUAUAUUUAAGGCUAAAUUCAAUUUAUAUGAAAUCUGUUUUAAAUCAAUUAUGAAGCAUUUUAAAGUUAAUGAUAAAAAAUUAGAUGUAAUAAUAACCAAAAUUCAUGAUAUGCAUUUGUAAAUUUUUAAUGAUAUGUCAAAUGUGAUUUAAAAUCUUAAAGCGCCGUCUAAAAAUACAUCAUAAAUUAUAGACAAUAAAAAGUAAGUAAAUCAAACUCAAUAAGGAGAUAAAUCAGUUGAAAAUAGGUUAAGACAAGAAUUAUCUGAACUUUAAUAAUAGAAUGCAGAAUUAGAAAAAGAAAAUAAAAGAUAUUUGGAUUUAUUAAUUAAACAUUCAAAAGGUGAUAGACCUUCAAUGCCUAAUUCAGAACAUAUAAUAAAAUAAUAAAAUGAUUCCUAUCAAUCUUAAAAUUAUUCAAAAAACUAUUAAUCAUCAACUAUUUAAUAAAAUAAUGGUGUUUUCUAAUCAAAAUAAUCAUAAAAUGUAACCUCAGUUCCUCAAUAAAUAAAUGUUAGAAACUUAACAUUAAAACAACUUAAGGAUGUUAUUAAUGAAAUUUAUGAGAGUAAACAAAAAUUUGAUUAGAAGUGUGCAGAAUCAAAAUUACCGAGAGAAACAAUGGAAUAACAUAUGUAUACAUUUUUAAAUCAAAAAUAUGGACUUAAAAGUCUUAUUAUAGAAUGGGCUACAUCUAUAGUAAAUGCACUUAAAAAAUAUUCUGCAGAAGAUAAUGAUGUGGCUGUUUUUGGAAAAAUCCUUAGAAAUGAAUGUGAUGAAGAAUUUCGCUUUGUUUAGACUUAAGUCAAAAAUACUAUGUAAGAAUUAUUAAAAGUAUUUUAUUAUCAUAUUAAAGAUGUAUCUUAGAGGAAAGUUUCCUUUGAAACAUCAAGCUGAAAUAAAGGAAAUGCUCAACUAAAGAGUAAAUGGAUAACUUUAUGAAGAAGAAGCUGUAGAUAUUAUCAAAUAUAUGUACAAUUAAGAAGAUUCUGAAUUACUUCUUAAUAAAUUAAAAUAGUUCUAUAUAGUACCACAUAAAAAUCCAGAUAGAAGAUUAACUAGGGAAGAAUAAUUGUCCUUGCUUUAAGAAAAAGAUAAAUAUAAAUUAGAAUAUUCAGUUUUUCAAAAGAUAAUAUUAGACUUUUAAUUAAAAUCUCAUGAGAAAUAUUUAAAGAAAUUUAUUGCAACUUUUAAAUAAAUGGACACAGAUGCUAAUGGAAUUAUUGAUGAAGUAAAUUUAUUAUUAAUUUUUAUUAGAAUGAAUUUCGAAAUUUAAUAGAUAUUCUUAAUUUUGAAGCUGGAGAUCUAGAUAUCUAAAAAUAUUUGAAUAUCAUAGAUCCAUAUAGUCAUUAAUAAAUAACCUUUUCAUAAUGUGUGACUCUGUUUUCUUCAGAAUCUGUGCCUGGUUCUAAUGGAUAAAUUCAAAUACUGUAAAAAAUAUCAGAAUAAUGA